AAGGCCACAUUUGGCAAUUCUUAUUACAGUCUUACUAGGAAUUGAAUCAUAAACCACAAAAUGGCCGCAUAAGCGACAAUUCAUAUUUUGAUUCGGAUACAAUUCUUUUUCGGCAAUUCAUCCAUUUGACACUUUUCUAUGAGAGUUCCUAAAAUGGCCCCUAAAUAUGAAUUCUUUUAGUCUCAAUCAUGUGUCAAUUAGCAGAUUCAUAAAAAGUUACUGCAGUGGUACAUCUCGUAAUUCGUAUUUUGUUCUUUUUAAUUAAUAAAAAUAGUUAUGGCUGAUUUAGGCUUAUAUGAAAACUUUUUGGAGCAUGCCCGUAUUACGGAGAGUCUUUUAUAUCGUAGGCAAAGCACCAUAUUUAGGGAAAUGGAUAUAGCUUUCGAAAUACCGGAGCCUGAGUUUGUGGGAUUAUUUCGCCUCAACAAGAGCUUGUGUCGUGACCUCAUACAAGAAUUGGAACCUCAUAUGCCUGGAGCCCGUAGUGGGAUUAGUACUUCCUCAAAGGUAUUAAGUACAUUAAGUUUUUACGCAUCUGGAUCUUACCAGAGAACUAUAGGUGCUAGUGCACAUCACAAGAUGCACCAAGUGAGUGUAUCCAACUGCGUGAGGGCUGUGACACAAGCCCUUAACAAUGAGCAUUUUCGGAGGAAAUAUAUUCAUUUCCCACACUCACGUGAAGAACGAAAUAUAAUAAAAAAUGGAUUUUAUCAAAAGUUUCGUAUUCCCGGAGUGAUAGGAUGCAUAGAUGGUACACAUAUAGCCAUUGUAAGGCCUUCUCAAAAUGAAGAAAGGUUUUUCAAUCGCAAGAGGUACCAUUCAUUGAAUACUCAAAUUAUAUGUGAUUCUGAGUUAAAUAUACUCAGUGUGGAUGCUAGCCAUGGUGGGGCAACACAUGACUCAUUUAUUUGGAAUCACCAUCCAUUGAAAUCACAUCUAGAGAAUCUACAUCAAGUCCAAAAUGAUACUUUAUGGUUCUUAGGUGAUUCAGGUUAUGCCCUACGCCCUACCAUGAUGACACCAAUUCUAAACACAGAGCCUGAUUCUCCACAAAGGUAUUACACUGAUCUACAUUGUCGAGCUCGCAAUACUGUGGAGAGGUGCAUCGGGCUACUUAAAUCUCGCUGGCGCUGUCUUUUGGUGGAUCGCAAGUUGCAUUACCAUCCUACAACAGCUGGAUUAAUUGUGAAUGCUUGUGUAGUUUUACACAAUAUUUGUAAUGCAGCUAGAAUGCCUGUCACACCACUAACACCACAGGAGGAAGAAAAUGAAGUCAACAUGCAAAUAAGUCCAGAAACACCAGCGAGAUUGCUAGCGAGGAGAGAUCACUUAGCUGCCGGAGAAUCAGUGCGGAAUACCCUUGUGGAGAGACUUUGGUCAGAGCGAUAAUAUAAUCUAUAAUGGCUUUUACUCAACUAAUUAGGGAUGGAUCUUGUUGUUCACAUAAUAUUAAGUAUUUUUUA